AUGAAUGAAAAGAAAAAAAAGCUUCUACACUUUGUUAAGAAUAUUAAUGAUGUCGGUAGAAGAAAGUUUAUAAAAAAGAAAUUGUUAUUAUUGGGUUAUGAAAAUAUAAAUAAAUAUUCAUUUAAUCAAAAUGAUAAAAUAUUUACACAUCAUUCCUUUUUAGAAUUAGAAAAAUUAUGUAAAAAUAAAUAUAUAAAAUCAAUUUUAUACCAAAAAGCUAGUUGUGUUUUAUUUAAGGACCUGAACAAGUCAUGUGAUAUUUUGGAUAAGAAAUGGAAUGAAAAUUUUUUGAAUUGUGUAAAAAAAUCCUUAUUUUAUAAUCCUUUAAAUAUAAUGACUUUAUUUAAUUUAAUACAUUAUUAUAACAUUAAGAUGGAUAUAAAGAAUAGCUUAUUCUAUUCAUAUGUAUUACAUAUUAUACUAAUGAAAAUAUGGAAAAAAGGUUUUUAUAGGACAAAUAUAGCUAGCCAAGAAAAAAAAAAAAAAAAAAAAAUAAAAAUAAAAAUAUAUAUAUAUAUAUAUAUAGAAAAAAAAACAAAGUUGAUACAAAAAAAGAUUUGUAUACAUAUAAUAAAAACCAUAAAAAAUAUACUUUUUUCAUUAUAUAAUAAUAAGUGUAGAGGAGAAUCUUUAAAAGAUUCUUACAAAAUAAAUUUAAUAAAAAGCAUACGAAAUAAAUGGGAAACAAUUCCAUAUACAAAUGAUAAAUUGGUACUAAUCUUAUUGUUGGAGAAUUUACAAUUUUUAUAUUCAAAUAAUUAUAAAUUGGUUUCUAUACAAAAGGUUAUAUAUUAUACUAAUCUCACAUUAAAUAUAUUAAAAUUAAAUAAAAUAUAUAAUUAUAUAAAAGGAAAUUAUUUAUUUUUAAGUACAAAUAUGUACCUUAUAAAAGCACACUGUAUUGUUAUGCUAAAUUGUAUUGAUAAAAUUAAAAAGAAUAAAAAUGAAAUUAAAAUUGAAUCUUCAAAGCAAGAAAAGGAAUUACAAAGUAAUCAUAUAAAUGAAUAUUUAUCCUUCAAAGAACAUACAUAUAAUAAAAAUAAUUAUACAUUAAAUUACAAUGAUAGUUUAAGUGAUCAUAAUUUAAAAAAAAAUAUUUAUAAUAUGGUUGAAUUAAAUCACAAAGAAAUAGAACAAAUGUUACAUGAACUGUUCAGGAAUAAUAUAAAACCACAAAAUGAAGAGAUAACAACAAAAUUAACACAAAAUAUAAAUAAUAAAACAUAUAUUAAUGAAAAGAAUAUACAAAAUAUUUUUAAUCUUAUAGAUAUAAAUAAUAUUGAAUAUUAUGAAAAAAAAAUUUUAUCUUUUUUAAUAAAUGAGAAAGAUAUAAAUAAACAAGUGUGUAAAAUGAAUGAUUAUUUUAUACACCCAUAUGUUAAUAUAAAAAAUACUUUAAGCAUUUUAAAUGAAUGUAUACAAUGUUGUUUAAAUAAUCGUAAGUAUAAAUUUUUAUCUCAAUUUUUAAUAUGGAGGGCACGUAUAUUUUUUCAUUUAGGACAAUUUCAUAAGUAUGUUGUAUCUGAUUGUUGUAAGGCUUCUCUAUUUAAUAUAUAUGCAAGUGCAAAUUUAAGUGAUGAUACAAAUAAAAAAGAAAAAUAUAUAUAUAGCAACAACAAAAACAACAACAAUAAUAAUAAUAAUAAUAAUAAUAAUCUUUAUAAUUUAUUUUAUGAUCAGGAUAUCUACUCCUGUUAUAAUUUAAUGAUUAGCUGUUUAAAAACAAUGAACAAACUACAUACUUUCGAUUUGUAUAUAGCUUAUAUGGUCAAUAAAAAUACAGAUAAAUUAAAAAAACUAUCAAUUCAAACAAAUAAUUAUUCUCAACAACAAACAAAAAAAGAUACUUUUAUAAAUGAAAGAAAACAUCAAUAUGCAUGGGCUCGAUCUUAUGAAGAUCAAACUGUUUUAAAUUUUAUUAAACAAAAUAAAAAGAAAAUACCUUUUAUUCUUUAA